GGGCAGACAGCCGUCGUCGCGCGAGUCCCAUUCAACGUGCCUGCAUCGCGUGACCCCAUUCGACUGAAAACUCAGGUCGCCACACUGGACUUCUUGGCGCUGUACAGGCCGCAUAUCCCAGUACCGAGGGUCCUCGCUGCUGCCGUCAGCAACACGAAUCCUGCCGGCGCGCCUUAUAUCAUUUCCCAAUUCCUCACGGGGACUCCUAUCACCUAUAUUGAAUGGUGCGACAACCUGUCGAGCGCAGAUCGUGACGCCGUCGUCGAUCUCCUUGCCGACCUCUGGGUCAAGAUCACGGCGCCGGUUUCGUUCAACGCAAUCGGAAGCAUCCUCCAUGACCCGGCUGGCGUCGUCAAUGGCAUGUGGCGCACAGACACUAGUGGUGGUUCUCGGCAUGGCUUUCGUAUAAUACCUAUGAUUCCUCCAUGCCCAGACCGCUAUACUGAAGUCCUCGAACUAUCGUUCGAGCAGCGCACUGGGUCGGGGAAUUUGGAGGACUUUUGGAACUCCAAAAUUCAAAAGCAGUUCCGCGGCAUCACUUCUCACUAUCCGAACAAUGACCUCUCGGUCAUCGUACAGGAUGGCAUACAUAACACGCACUCGCUGGGUAAGCUCUGGCAAUGUGCUCGAGCCGUGCAGGAGAUCGCGAGCAUCGCAGCCUCCCUGGAUCCGCUGUCGACCCCGCACGGGCGCGAGCCGAUUGUGGCUUUGAUGCACACUGAUUACGCCUGCUGGCGUAAUGUUCUCUUCUCGGCGGACCGCACGCGCAUCGAAGGGAUAGUUGAUUGGGACGACGCCGUGGUCGUCCCACGAGACCUCGCAGCUGUCUAUCCCGAAGAGUUGACCCACCAGGCUAAGUGGCGCUCUGACCCGGACGACGUCUUUGUUAUCCCGCCCGGUACGCUGUAUGAAGACACGGGUUUGUGGAACACUGCGAUCCAGGAGACGCAGCAGCGACGGAGGUUCAGGGAGGUGGUACAGAGCCAAGAUCCACAGCUUGCGGCACUGUACACCGAUCGUCGUGCGAGGCUCAGGAGACGGGUUCAUUACCUGGUCAUAUAUGACUGGAGCACUUGGUUGUGGAAGGAAAAGUGGAUCUUGGGCGAGGGUUUGGAUGAGGCGCGUGCAUUGGCUGAGUGCAGAGUUUGACCUCCGGCCACGAGGAGUAGGAUAGAUUUCCACGGUCACGAGCUCUAAUAUAUUCAGUUGUCGACAGCAUGUGUGAUGUUCUAGUACUAUGUAUCCAUGUAGUAUACUGGUG